GAUGUUUCAUAUUUCAAACACUGAGCACAGUUAAGUUCUUAAUUAUGUCUACAAAAGUCAGCCAAUUAAAUGAAUUCCAGAGGAAUCCUCGUGGUUUUUCCAAAGGGAGUUUAACUCGACCUGAUGCAAAUAAGAGUCGACCUAAUUUGCAUAAACUUUUGAAGGAUCUGUGUUACUUAUUCCAUAAGAUCAGUUAUAAACUGGAAGAUGAAUGUCCAUGUGAUGUUGGUGACCAAGCUUUGGCAGUUUUCAUUUUGAUCCCUAAAGAUUUCAGAGAAACAAUGGUAAACAAAUAUGUUUGUUUAAAUACAUUAGGAUUCUUUGUCAUUUUCUUCAAUAUAUUGCCCAUAUGGGGUUGGGAUCACAAGGGAAACGAUUUAAUUUAAAUUAAUUUUAAAUGGGCCCCCUUCAUAUAAUUUUAACUUAGUCUAUAUUUCCAUCAGGACAUAUAGUUAGAUCUAAAAGUUUAUUUAACUUUUAGUUUGGUUCUGUUGAUUCCUGGGCAUUUUCUCAUUAUUGCUUAGUUAUCUUUGUAUAAGCUUCAUGAAAAUUUUUCUAUAAUCAUUUCAAGAUUGUAUAAUUGGACUAGUUAUGUUUCAACAAAUUUCAAUGCGUUUCCUCAAAUGUUAAGAAUUUAAGAUAAAUUUGAAAGUUUCUAGAAUGUUCAAAAUAAUUAUUAAUUAUAAUAGACUAAGUUAUACAAAUUUAUAUAUAUAUAUAUAUAUAUAUAUAUAUAUAUAUAUAAAUAUAAAAGAGAAGAUUUCUUAGUGGGUUUGUUUGUUUGUUCCACGAAGGUUUCUUAAGAAUUUAAGAUAAAUUUGAAAGUUUCUAGAAUGUUCAAAAUAAUUAUUAAUUAUAAUAGACUAAGUUAUACAAAUAUAUAUAUAUAUAUAUAUAUAUAUAUAUAUAUAUAUAUAUAAAUAUAAAAGCGAAGAUUUCUUAGUGGGUUUGUUUGUUUGUUCCACGAAGGUUUCUGCAUGGAUUGAAGAAUCUUGACCAAACUUAGCGGAUAUAUCUAGCAUUAUCAAAAAUUAAAUACUUCUAUGAGCUUUAUAAAUAAAAUUACCAAGCAACAAAUACUCCUACACUAAUAGAUGGAUCGUGAACAAACUUUAUACACAUACACUUAAUUAUCCAUAUUCGAAUACCGAAGAGUAAUGAGCUCAUUAUAUCCAUUCCUCUGGGAAAUGAGGCCCUAUUUAAUAUUCCUUAUAUAAGCUAUAUAAAUUUCAAUAGGGGGGUGGCCAUUAAUUACGUCAACAAAAUAAGGGGUAUGGGGUUUUGGAAAUUGUUUGACAGUUGACAAGAGGGAGGGGGAUUUUUAGAUUAGUUGAUGUCUCGAUUAAAAGUUUAAUCUUAAAAAUUGACUGGUUAUUACAUUAUUUUUACAAAUGUAUAAUUAUAAGUAGUCAUUUUUAGUCUUUUUGCAAUAUAAGAUUUAUUAAAUGUGUGUCUGUGCACUGCUGAUGGCAUGGCUUGUCCGAAUGUUAGCACACUUUGUUAGUGCAAUAGAAGUUGAAAAUCGACAUCUCUUCGCCUGUAGAUUCUCUUAGUCACAAAUGACUAGGGCGGUAUAUUUUUUGAUCAUAUUGCGUGUAUGGAACGCGGACAAGAUUCAAGUGUCAUGUGCAUUCAAGAUAAAUGAUAUUGAUAGAGUAGGAAUAAGAUAUUUUGAGAAUUAGGGAAAAGUAAAUGGAUUAACAAUAACAUCGCUGCUUGAAAAGAUUUGCAAAAUCUGUAACAUCUAUUUUGCAUCACUCAUAUAGACUUAUGUCCAUCUGUGUUUUUUCCGGGGUGAGGGGAAGGGCAAAACCAAAACUUGGUCAACUUGUUAAGUUGUUUAUUACUGGAUGCGCCACAAUAUGUAGCAAUUAACAUAAUACCUGCAAAUGCAAGGGUGGGGGAAAAAAUGCCCUACCCAAAUGAUGUCCCUGUUGCCCAUUGUUAUGAUACAGCAACACCUGGCUGCUCCAUAGGAAGGAUAGCAGCUAGAAUCUAUACUAUAAUUGUCAGCUUUACUGACAAUAAUCAUAUUUAUACCCCAAAUAGUGUCUUAAACAACCUUUUUUUUUUUUAUUCUCCAUUAUCAAAUUCAAGUGUAAAAAGCGUUGGACUGCUAAAGAUGUAAUUUUUUUCCUACAAUUUUGUGUCAUUAUAAUUGAUCAGCACAAAGUGAAAUGUAUUUAUGAAAUUUAUUUAUACUGUAACUUUUUGGGGGGAAGUGGGGGCUGGGGUUAUAAAAUGUUGACAUAAUUAAAUAGGAAGGUCAUUGACAGUCAUUUUUACACGUAUCGAGGGGGAUAUUAAUUUUAAUUUAGAAUGUUCUAGAAAGCUCUAUGUUGUUCUACCGGGGAUAUUUAAUGGAAUCUAAACGCUUACAGUAUUGGAAUGUUUGUUAAGUUCUAUACUUUCAUGGGUGUUUUCUUUAAACAAUCCUAAUUGGAACAUGAUCGCAAUAAGGAAGAGGAGCCUUAAGGUGAAUAAGUAAACUGGAACCCACCAGUAACACGGCCCCACCAAGUGACCGGAUCAAAUAGCGAUCCUAACUGCAAACAAGAUCCCAGUAGGAUCUGAACAGGAUAGGUAUCACAGCUGAAAAGCAGAUCCCAUGAGGAUCUCGAUCCCAUGAGGAUCUCGAUCCCAUGAGGAUCUCAAUUUGGUCGGGAUCACCCGGAUCAAGAUACCGAUGAGGUGGGGAAACCAAUGGGAUUGGGAGGCUGUCCCAGGCAGUGCCUGAUAUAUUGGCUAGUUAUAAAUAUUUUCUAUAGCAGACAUGAUUGACACUGCUCUAAUAACUUUAUAUUUUUAAUGUAAAGGAUUUGUUGUUCUUUAAAUAAAAUGUAUGUUGUAAUUUAUUGUCUUUUUUUUCUUCUCCACAGUCAAUAUACAAAGCUGAAUUACAAAAUUUAGUUAGUCUUGUUGAUGAUUUAUUGUCUUUGGACAAAGUUAAGGUUUUGAAUGAAUCAAUGGAUCUGAACAAAAUUAAUUCUGCACUUAAAAACUUUCUUCUGUGGAAAAGUAUAUCUUUAUCAGGCUCUUCCAUGUCAUGGGCUAUGAAUGUUUUGCAUUUGUUAGGCUUGAAAUACAGUGGCCUGGAAAACUACGAGUACAUACUGGAGUGUCCUUCUGGUGAUCUUUAUGGCCUUCAGCGACACAUUUGUCAGAUUUGGAAAUGCGUCUAUCAUGAGAUCGUUUCUCAUAAUGCUAAUAGUGAUCUUAAAAGGGAUUUGAGUUUUCUUAGAUAUUCUACAUCUGUUGUUAACAAAAUAGUCUCAAAAAUUCCAGAUAAAUUCAUUAAGUGCCAGAAUUCACUGUAUUGGUCUAUCCGUUACUUGAAGUAUCAGAUGUUUAAUAAUCCUUUGCUGGCAUAUAUGCCAAGAUAUCCUUUUAAGGAGGAAGAGUUAAAUAAAUGGUUUGACCAGGACAUGGAGGAUUGUGAUUGCAACUCUGAUGAGGUUUGGCCACUCAAGAUGAUUAAUGUCUGUGAUGGUGUGGGUGAUACAGAGGUUGAACGGUAUGUCAUAUUACUCUUAUAUAUCCUCAUAAUAUUUAGGGUAAAAGAGCUUCUCUCUGCAUGACAUGUGUCCCUCAUGAGGUUGAAGACUGAGGUUAUUGGACUGUAAGUCGGAAUAGGUUUAUUUCGCUUUGUGUAACUUUAAGUUAAGAAUCUGUUAGUAUUUCUAAAUCUAGCAUUAGCAUAGUUAAUCAAUGUGUUACCGGUAUGUUCAAUUACAUCUAAAUUCAAUAAGGAUCAGACGGUGACAAACUUAUGCGGACAAUAUGUAAAAAAACAAAACAAUUGAUCGUAUUUCAGUUACUUUUUUUGUGUUUUUUUUUUAGACUAAACAUAAAUUGUUCCGAUGGCUGAAACAUAAUCCCCGUAUAUUGAAUAUUAGCUACCGGUACCUUGCUUGUACAAAUGGUUGAAAUUUAGUUUAUGGUACCGGUUAUGCGUAAUUGCAAUUAUCAUUCAAUUCACUAAUUCUUUCAAAAUUUGACUACUGUGACACUCUUCUCGCAGGCAUUCCUCAACACCACAUAGACAAACUUCAGAAGGCACAGAACUCAGCAUGCAGACUCAUUUUUAAAUCAAAGAAACAUGACCACAUUCAACCACACAUGCGGCAACUCCACUGACUUCCAAUAUCCUCUCGCAUCAAAUACAAGUCUGCCAAUCUUUGCUUCAACUCGUUCACUGACCCUCACUUUCCUGUCUAUCUCUCUGAACUGUUGCUUCCUUACAUCCCCACAAGACAACUACGUUCUUCCAUUGACAGUAGAACCCUCUCAAUCCCAAGAACUAAAACUAAGACCAUCGGUGAACGCUCCUUCUGCUUCCAUGGGCCCACGUUCUGGAACCAGCUCCCCUUCCAUAUCCGUCCUUGUGAAACCUCGUCCAUUUUCAAAAAGUCCCUUAAAACUCAUCUGUUUAUGUCCGCCUAUGACCUGUGAUGCACCCUCCUUGCCUACCUCAUUUUCUGCUUCGGGUUAAUCCUAAAGUGUCAAAGUGUCCUCGUUUUAUAGCCAUUUUCAUUGUUUCUAUAGUAUAGUAGUAACUAUCCUAGUGUCUCAUUUUUAUUUACUUAGUUUACAUGUUUUAAUAAUUGUAAAGCGCUUAGAGCUUUAUGGUAAGCGCUAUAUAAAAAUGCCUAAAUAAAUAUCUAAUUUGAACAUCGGAACUGUUUCUCACACAGUUUUGCUAGUACCAGGUUAGGGGUCAUGCUAAUAGUAAUAAUAUUUGCUCUUUUAGAAUAAAAUGAGAUUUUUUUAAUCCCCCCUCCUCUCAACCCCCUUCCCCAAUUGUGCAUGUACUUAAAUGAGCUUCAGAAAAAUCGCAUCCCUGUCUAGCAGGCCCAUUGGUUUCCAAAAUAUGUGCUACAACGUCUAGGGCUGCGCUUUGUCCACUGGCAGGGCCAUGAGAAAGGGUUAAAGGCCCUUAAACUUGAAAGGAAAUUAAAGUGUAAAAUCCUGUGUUCUUUACUAGGACAUGGGGAACGAAAAAUUAUCUUUUGACUAUGCAGAACUUUUUUCUUUCGAGUUUCAGAAUUUGUUGCAGUCAGCAGUAACUCAUUUUUUUUAUUACCAAUAGCUUGUUGCGGUUAGUAGAUCACAUUUGUACAAAGUUUUAGUCUAUAUACAAAUGUGUUUUAUUUUAUUUAAUAGUUAUGCACUGCCUUCAAUAUGUUAAUUUUUUUACUUUAAAUAAACGAUUUUGUGAUGACAUUGUACGAUUUUAAGAGUUUGAGGGUAAACAUCUUUCCAAUUGUUAAAAUGUUUGGGCCCUUUAGUAAAUUUUGGAGCAAGGGAUUAUAAAGCCAUGAUCAAUUUCUUUUCUAUUACCCGAAUAACGAUUGCAGAUAAGCUUUAGAUUUCUUCCAAAUCAUGGGUCAUGCACCAGUACUCAUAGGCAUAAGGUGUCAGUAAUGGCAAGUGGAAUAAGGGAGGACAAAUUAAAAAUUGUAAUAAAAAUUGUAAUAAUUUUUGUCUUUUUUCUUAGGUAUCUUGAGAAUCAGGACUCAGAACUUUUCUUCCAUGGAACUUCACAUAAUGAUGCGAUGUUCAUAUUACAAAGAGGUGUGGAUUUGUCAGAGGGGUCCAGUGGACAAGACUUUUCAAGUGGCGAUGGUUUUUAUCUCUCUGAUAACUUAACGAAUGCAAGGGAAUGGGCAGGUGCUGGAAGAGGCGAGAAGUACCAGGCAGUUAUUGUUUAUAAACUAAAUCUUGCUGAUCAUAAGGGCCUUGACUUGGACGGAGUGAGCGAUAUUUGGCAGGAUGUUGUUGCCCUUUGCAGAGACCAAUAUGAAAACAACCUACCAAUAAUGGAAAGUUUGAAGAAUGUUAAAUACAUUAGAGGUCCUGCGAGUAGUAAUGCAGUCAGUGCCAUUCAAAAUAAAAGCAAGUUUGAAUCAGAAGGAAACAUCCAGCUAUGCAUCAGAGAUAAAGAUUUUGCCAACAGUGAGUGCAACACUAAGAACAUUUGCUGUGUAAUCUUCUAUUAACUCAUUCUUUACUGCAGUGCUACUUCUAUACUUUUAUACCUUGGAAAGGGAAAUAACUCUGUUUGCAAUGGUCCAAUGUUUAAGCUGUUUUGUUAACUUCCCGUUUUUAAAAUGAAAUUUUGCAGGAUCACGCAAUCGAUGAAAGUCUCGAGCAAUGUGAGAUUUCAUUGAUAUUUUUUAACUAAAGAUGAGGUAGUUGUGUCACUAUGCGCUGAGACGCAUUGAUCAAAACCCCAAGGGAUGCAUUUAGUCGCAACCGUCUUAAUUCCUAUUGGCUUGACCACAAACAUCUAUAUUAUUAUACCCCAAGUUAGAGGAAUAGCUCUAAAUUACAAAUUGAGUUCUUUUACAAAGUUCAACACAUCUCACUGAUUUUAAAACCAAUCGAUGGGAAAUGUUAUGAUGUAGAGAAAUGAAUUAUCUAUCUAAUGAUACGAAAUAUGUAAAGAAAAUAUUACAUGUUAGAAAAUAUGAAGAAAAAAAUUAUAUUUUGCAGGACAAUUUCUUUACUUUAUUUUUAUCGUUAAUAAUACAUACCUCAUUUUAGCUUGGCAUGGAACUGAGCAAAACAGACCUCAUCUCAAAGCUGUAUGUUAAACAAAACACAUCCAAAAACAGUUUCCGAUAUUUUAUUUUAGUCGGUGCGAAUGUUUUUCUGCCGACACUGGAAACAUUAUUUUGUAUGCCCUCUGAGCUGAAUUCUGCGACUAUGCUUUGAAGAUGUUCCAGCAAAACCUCCAGCAGCAGGGACCUCCACCUGUCUUCUUUACCUUGAUGAAUCUUUCAUAAGGCUGUGGGCAAUGUCCAAAUGAAAAAUGAAAUGGGACACUCCUUUGAUGGUCAGGGUGUGGCAUUUUUUUUUUUGUAUACCUGUACCGGUAAUGUAAAUACAUUCAGCACCUCCGCCUCAAUCAAUAGUCAUAGACAGCAUCUCCACCACCUCUGGCUUUUUUUUUUCGUAUAAGGUAAGUAAGAUCUCAGCUGAUCAUAUCUGUCCACACCAACCAUAUUGGCAUCGUAGAUGAGUACAGACUGGGGAUCCUUUAGGCUAAGAGUUAGUUGAAAGCAUGGAGUGGAGAUGGCACGUUGGUCCCUCCACCAACAUGCAGCCCCACUGCCUAUCUCCCUCAUUUCACAUUGAUUUUUAUUUUUUCCCCUUGAGAUCUUGGCCAUACUGAUAAAGGAUCUGUUGACUAGUAUAUAGUGUAUGCAUGUAAUUUAUGUACACCAAACCUUUUUAUGUAUAUAACUUUUAUUAAUGUUUCAAUGUCAGGGACAGGUGUGAAAUUGUUAGCAUUCCUGUUGGCGGCAUACCAAUUAGUAUGGUUUAUAAAUCAUUUGAGGUAUUUCAUUAGGUAAAAGUAGUUUUUAAAAACCCAGUAGCUGUGACUGGAUCUAUAUUUAAACAUACCCAACACUUGAUGUAAACAUGUCCAUUUCCACUGGUAGCAUUCCAAGAAAAAAACAGUAGUAGUAGCUGCAUUAUCACUAUCAUCAGAGCUCAUUUUAAAUAUUACUACCAUUAUUAUUAACACUUUCGUCAGGAUUUUCGCCAAAUCCAUUUUCAAUGUCACUUUCAUUUUAAUCAUUAUCACUUUUAAUAGGUACAAUUAUUGAAAAAUAAAGCAAAAUUUUAUUAAAAUCUGAAGGCAAUGCUUUCAAUUCAAUGAUUUUCAAAAAUAUUUAGCUUGUGUGUUUUUCGACAUAUUUCUUUCCGUUAAAUGUAAAAGGAAGUAAAACUUUUCUACUUUCCAACUAUAGGCGAUUUAUUACUUUAAUUUAAACCAACAUUUUCUGGUCCAAUAUACCGGUAUCCGUUAUUUCAUUUUGGUAUGAGUAUAUAGCCAACGAUGUCGUGCGAUACAGUAUAAAACGCUAGCGGGGGAUGCAGGAAGUUACUGGUUAAAUUUAAAACACUUGGUUGGAAAUUUCAGUGAUGAUUUUGUGGCAAAUGCUUUAAAAGUUUUUUCUUUAAUGUUUAUGCCAUUGAUUAUUAUGAAUUGUAAUACAUAUUUUUCACUUAAUUUUAAUGUGCUCCUUCAACAUUGAAUCUCAAAAUGCAAAUAGGUUGUGAAAUUCCAAUGUUCAGACUGCAUCAUGCACACCUCUUUUUCCUUUUUUAUGCACUAUUUUUUUUUUCGGGGUAUACUCCGUAUAAACCUUUUCAAUUCUGUUUUAACUCACUCAACUCCUUAACCGCCGCUAGUACUUGAAGUUGUAGCAUCUAGAUCAGGCAACUUGAUUACCUGUUUACAUGUUGUUACAUAAUAAAUGAAAAUCUUGAUAUUUAAAUGAAAAUCGCGUGAGAGACGAAACCAAGGCACUCUCAGUUUUUCAUUGUAUAGAUUGCUUGAUGAUUAUAUUUUUUUAUUAGGAUCAUGUGUAGUUAUGGAAUGUGUCUUAUUAGACUUUUAACUUACACUUGGAAAUAAUUAACCGGUAGUACAAAACAUAAAACAACUAAUGAAGAAUGCUAGUCAAUUUCAUAUAUAUAUAUAUAUUGCAAAUAACGUAAAAGUAUAGUUCCCCUUUGGCUGGGCUUACAAUACAAGUGAUAAAUUUCUGAGCACCCAAACUUGAAUUUUGAAUGGGUUACCAAAUAGCCCUGCAACUGAAAUAUGAAAUAUUGUACUUUCUUUGUGUUCAUUCAUUUCCAUAUCUGGUGAAUGGUCUUUCUAUCUCCUAUCAUUUCAAAAAUUUUAUUUAAAUUGAUAUAUAAUUAUGAAGAAAAGCUAUAUUACAGCUUUGAUGUGAAAUGUACGAUUUUAACUUCAAAUAAAUAUCUUACUUUUAUUUUUAUGAGUGCACGCCAAGACUGUCAGUGUGGAUCUGUAUACACUGUAAUUAAAAAAAAUGAAUAAUACUAAUA